AUGUCCAGAAUCAGUAGCAGCAGCAGCAGAAGCAGCGCACAGCAUUGGAAACAUCUGGAGAACGUGGAGCAUCUGGAUCUAUCCAUUGGACAGGCCGUUGAGGAGUUCCCGUUCCCUCGGUUUCCAUUCCCGCAGCUUCGCUUUCUGAAGAUAUCACUCACAAGUCGGAUUCAGAGGCUUCCAAGCGACCUUGGGUGCGAUCUGCCGCAGCUACGGCAUCUGCAAGUAUACUACAGCAAGGGAUUGACAGAACUGCCAGAGAGCAUCACGCUGCUACAGCACCUCACGUCCCUAGACGUGGAAUACGCAUCGCAGCUAGCCUCCCUCCCUGAUGGCAUUGGUGCCUUAUCCAGGCUGAGGAGCCUUCGCCUGUCCCACUGCUCAGCACUGCAGCACCUCCCCACGUCCCUCACGCGCCUCAAGAGUCUCCACGAGCUGAAUGCUGAGGGCACGUGCAUCCGCGCCCUCCCUCCCAACUUUGCCCAGCUGACCAGGCUGACGUGGCUCUGCUUGGGGGAGCGCAAGCAGCUGCAGGUGCUGCCAGCGGACUUGACUGACCUCAAGAUGCUGCGGUUCCUGGGGGUGAAAGGGAGUGAGCUCGCGAUUGACAGCGUCGGGGAAGAGCAGGAGAUGGGCUUCCAGAGAAUGUACGACUUGAGAACAGAUGUUGCUGGGGAGUAG